ACUGUGCAAGUUGUAUAAUUUACAAACUUUAAAGCUAGAAGAUUGUUCGGAGCUAACCAUGCUACCCAAUGGCAUGUAUAAUCUUCUGAAUUUACGGCAUCUUCAUAUAAGGAAUACUCCUCUAAAAGAAAUGCCAAAAGCAAUGGGCAAAUUGAAGCAGUUGCACAUUUUAAGCAAUUUUGUCGUGGGCAAGCACAAAGACAAUGGAAUCCAAGAGUUAGGAGGGCUUUUAAAUCUUCGUGGAUCAUUCGAGAUUACGAAAUUGGAGAAUGUUGUUGAUGUGAGGCAAGCAAGGAAUGCAAGAAUAAUAGAUAAGAAGCACAUUGAUGAAUUAGGCUUGAAGUGGUGUUCAGGUGAUCAUAUAGUUUUAAACACACAAACUGAAAGAGAUGUACUUAACAGCUUGCAACCACACAAUUGCUUGAAAGAGUUGACAAUUGAGGGAUACAAGGGUACAGCAUUUCCAGAUUGGGUUGGCCGUUCUUGCUACCAUAACAUGACUUGUGUAUCUCUAGUUUCCUGCAAGAAUUGCUGCGUGCUGCCUUCACUUGGACAGCUGCCAUCUCUUAAGUCCCUGCGCAUUGAACGUUUUGAUCAGCUCAAGUGUAUUGGUGAUGAGUUUUACAAGAAUGAAGGCGAUCAUCAUUCGCAGCCUAUUGCACUGUUUCCCUCACUAGAGAGAUUGGAAUUUAAGGCUAUGCCGUGUUGGGAGGUGUGGCACUUGCCUGACUCAGAAGCUUUUCCUCAGCUCAAGUGGCUUGAAAUAGGAUUUUGCCAAAUGUUACAGGGAGAUAUGCUUAAUCAUGUAUUAAUGAGAAUCGUUUCUUCCUUAUCGGAUGCUUCGAAAGUUCACAAACUGGAAAUACGAGAAGAUCAUCGAGGAUGGUCUCGGGGGAUGUCACUUAAUGGGGAUAGUUUAUCAAUUAAGGGAUGUGAAUCUGUGGUGGAGUUUUCAUUUAAGGCAGUGAUCAGUAACAACCAUCUAAGUUGCCUCCAAGAAAUACACAUCACAGAGUGUUUGUCUAUUGUAACCUUUUCGAGUGAUUCUUUACCCAAAUCUUUGCAAAAGCUGAGAAUCACACAGUGCAGAAAACUGGAAUUCCCCGAGCAACAGCACCAGAAGUAUGAUUUGGUAGAACUACAAAUAGAAAACAGCUGCGAAUCACUGACCUCGUUGUCCUUGGAUGCCUUUCCCAAUCUCAAGAAUCUUGAUCUAGAUACAUGUCCAAAUCUGGAAUCAAUAUCAAUGUCAGAGCCACCACACACUGCUCUUCAACGUCUCAGAAUCUUUGGGUGCGACAAAUUAGUUUUAUUUGCAGGAGAAGGACUGAAUGCACCCAACUUGACUCAUUUCCAAGUCAGAUCCUGUGACAAGUUGGGGGCAUUGCCGAGAGACAUGAAUAGUCUUCUUCCAAGUUUACAGUCUCUCGACGUUCGAGGUUGUCCAAACAUUGCUAGUUGGCCAGAGGGUGGUUUGCCACCUAACUUGAAAAAGCUUAAGGUUGGAGGUUGCGAGCAACAGUUGAGCAGUCUAUCAUGGAUGGGCAACUUGGACUCCCUCACUCAUCUCACCGUUUUUGGUUUUGGGUUAAGGUGUGUAAGUGUGAAUUCAUACCUUGAGCUGGGUUCACUGCCUCUCCUUCCCUCCCUUACCACUCUAAAGAUCAGUUGGUUUCUUAAUCUGGAGACAUUGAAGUGCAAUGAGCUUCUCCGGCUCACCUCCCUCCAACAAUUACACAUUUCAGACUGUUAUAUGCUGGAGAAUAUGGCAGGAGAAAAGCUGCCUCCCUCUCUGUUACUACUUCAAAUUAAACAGAAUUAUUUGCUAGGAGAAAAAUGCAAGAACAAGCAUCAAGAAAUUUGGCACAAAAUUUCCCACAUCCCCACCAUUGUAGUUGAUGGCAAGAAAAUUCUUUAAUAGAGAUUUCUGAGCAGAUUCAGACUCUGUUGUUACUUGUUCAUCAAGCAAUCCCACUGGAAGCUCCAUAAUAGGUUCCGAAUCUUCAUGUUGUUGUUAACCCUUGGAAAUUGUUCUACUUAGAUUCAGAUUCUGUGGUGUCCUCAUUAAGCAACCCCACUGGUAUGUCCAGACGGCUUCCACUUCCUCCUCUUCUUGAUCGGUUUGGUCUUCGAAAAUUUUGUUCCAUCAUCCUUGUUGAAUUCAGAUGCUGCAAUAUCCUCAUCACCCACCCCCACCAGAAGCUCCACAAUAGAUUCCACAUCUUCAAGCUUUGUUUCCCCACAUGAUCCUUCACAAAUUCAGUUGUAUCUUCAUCGAGCACUCCCACUGUCAUCUCUUUUAGUGCAUAGAUGCCUCAUGAAUCUUCUUUUGCUUUCUCAUUUUGUUCAUCAUCCAUAGAAGAGUACAUAAUAGGUGCUGCUGCUGAUCAGGAACCAAGCAAAAACGAUAAAGUCUUAUUAUAUGGAUCUGAAGCUGGUGGUCUCUCUCUUGGCUUGCAAAAUAUUUCACGGAUCCUCUAUCUCCCUCUUUGAUAGUAAAGCAUGAGGAGUGCGCUUUUUCCAAAUUCUGGAAUCAUGUGCAGCAGCACAGUUGAGAAUCAUCAUCAUGCUAAGAAUAAACAAUGGGAUGAAGAGAAUCUAGAAAGGUGAUCAGGACUACUACUCUUCAGAUGGUGUUGAUAUGGACUCAUGGCAGUAGUAUGUUCAACAAUCUUGUGCGAGGGUCCAGUGAUGGCAAGGCAGGAAUUGGUGGUGGCUGGCAGCUGGUGUGGAAAUGGUCUGAAAAAGAAGGAGGAUUUAAUGGAGUUUAUUUGCAUCAAGAGGGAUCUCGACAUGGAUCUCUUGUCUCAAGUUCAAGGUAAAGGUGAAGGUGAAGGUGUUCAUGCUGCCAGCUUGGUUAGCUAACCUGCUCUUUGUUCCAAGCGAAACGUUGGACCUGUGAUGGUUCAUCCAUCUCAGGCUGCUUCAAAGGGUCCAAUUUGGAAAGAUCUCACUGAACCUGGGGUUAAGCAUGCGUUGAUUGUUGGGAUUAGGAUACAAAUUCUUCAGCAGUUUGCAGGGAUAAAUGGUGUUAUAUAUUACACUGCUCAAAUUCUUGAAGAGGCAAUUCUUCUUAAAGAUAUUGGCAUUAGCUCCAAAUCUACAUCAUUCCUAAUCAAUUAUGUCAAAACCUUGUUGAUGCUUCUUAGUAUAGCUUUAGCUCAUAGAUAUCUUUGG